UGAAUUGGAUCCGAACCCAGAUGUCGGCCGAGGUGCUCGUUCUCAGAUCUCAUCGGCAACCGUGCGUUCUUGAGCUUUUCUCUCGACGUGAAAACAACGAAGCCUUUCUUCUUCUCUGCUCUUCAUCAAUCCUCUCCGCGCGCCGAUGGCUUCACGCCCGCCUCUUGCGCCAGAGAUCGGCCCCGAUGGCAUUGCCCGUGAGUCCCCCGUCAUUGCUUACACCGAGAAGAUCAUCGAGGAAGAGCAGCUCCAGCUCAAAAGAUAUAUCAAAGAAAAUUAUUCCAAAAUUCGUGAUGUUGAGCGGGAGCUGGAGAACCUCACAUUGGAGCUGAAGCUUACUGCUGGGCCGAAGAAAGCAGCGCUUGAGCACUUGAGGAAGAAGAUAGAAUUGUCAACUGAGAAAAUUCGUUUAGCCAAACAGAAGGAAGAUCAAGCAAAAAAGGUGUGGGAAGCAGCAGCCCAAGCUGUAAGGGAAGAAGAAGCAACAAAGCAGAAACUGUGUGAUGACCUUAGUCAGCUGGUCCAAGAAAGUACAAAUAGUCAGUUUACAAGACUGGAGGAACUAAAGAGAAGACUGGAAGCUCUCAACCCAAGCAGGGUUUCAUGUGAUGUCUCUGAUGUUAAAUCUGCACAACAAAUACAAAGCGUCCCAACAGCUCCCCAACCCUUAAUUCAGCCUGCAUCUAAUUCAGCAGGAGAUAAUCUGGAGAGCCAGGUUAAUCCUGGUAGUGACGGUGGCAACUCAAAAUUACAUGCAAGCAAACAACCAGCACCUGCAGAUGCCAGAGACAAGAGACAGAAUUUGAAUUUGGGAAAAGGGAAGGGCAAUACAAUCUUCCCCAAGGGAAAGGCAUCUUCAGGAUCUGCAUGGACUGGAGCCGGGUUUCGACGUGGAUGGCAGGACGUGACAGUGGGGCUCUAUGCUGUUUUUGCUUUCAUUUUAUCACUUACCUCAGACAACUGACUCUGUUGUGGUUUAGGAAUCCCAUCAAUGUUUCUUCUACAGUGAACGAUGAUUUGCAAGCAAUUUCUAUGCUUAAAAAUGCGGCUUUAUCCCCUGAUCAGUAACAUCACAAGAUUAUGCAGCAAAUUCCUAGCAUGGUGCUUUACUCAAAAAGAAAAUAUAUAUAUAUAUAUAUAAAUAAAUGCAUCUUGUUUCUGUUCAAUCAUUGCAGUCAUUGUAUAGGAACAACUUUUGUGAAAUUGAUUCAUGUCGCCUGUCAGUCUCUAAAGUUAUUUGUUACACUACAGUGGAGUCCUGCAUCUUGUCAAAUUUCAUUGUCACAAAGUUAUUUAUUCUUUUAACAUGUAAUUUCUGUGUUUUGGAAUACUUGAAUUCAGGUUUCAGAAUGCAUGUACAAAGUGUUUGUUAUUUGUUAUCA